AUGGCGAAAUUCAACAGAAAAAAUGUUGUUCUUAUCCGGAGCAUGUUUGAACGUGCAAAGAAACGACGAAGAAUGAUAGAAUCAGCUCUACACACCCUUCUGAUUAGGAGAAUUCGAGUUCUUCAAGUAUCAAUGUUUGUGGUGCUUAUUCUCUUGUCUGGUAAGAAUACUUUUUCCCCAUUACCUCGUUCAUGUUGUCGACUUGCACGAAAUUCUGGCUGGUGGAAUCUCGUUUGGCGUACGUAUUCAGCUGCAAGGUUUAAAAAGACAUUCAGAGUCUCUUGUGAAACAUUUUCAUUUAUUCUUAGUCGCAUAAGACAUGUACUCGACCGCAAAAGCAUCGUCGAAGUGCCCAUUUGUCCCGAAUUAAGACUUGCUGUUUGCCUAUAUCGUCUUGGAAGAGGCUCAUUAUUAUACUAUUGCGGAGAUGACAGGUCUUGGAGUAUCAACUGUCUGCACCAUAAUGGAGGAGGUUUGUGA